AUGUCUUAUAAUUAUGUACCAGGUGUUUUAGUGCUUGCACCAAUUAGUGAUAUACAAACUGAAAUAUUAACUUCUGCGGCUUUAGAAUUUGUUGCAACACUUCAUAGAUCUUUCAAUCUUACAAGAAAAAAUUUGCUUCGACAACGAGUUCUUAGACAACAAGAACUAGAUAAUGGCGUUCUUCCUAAUUUUUUGCCUGAAACUAUUCAUAUAAGAGAAGAUAGCAGUUGGCAAGGUGCUUGCUUCGCUCCUGGCUUAGUUGAUAGACGCGUUGAGAUCACUGUACCAAUUGAAAGGAAAAUGAUUAUAAAUGCACUUAAUAGUGGUGCCUGUACUUACUUAGCAGAUUUCGAAGACUCUAAUUCUCCAACUUGGAACAACAAUAUUAAUGGUCAAGUGAAUUUACGCGAUGCAAUUCAAGGUACAAUUGCUUAUGUAGAUCCUAUAAAUAAUAAGAAAUACGAACUUAGAAAAGAUAGAAAACUUGCUACACUUAUUGUGAGACCCCGUGGUUGGCAUCUAGAAGAGAAGCAUGUUUUAAUUGACGGUGAACCUGUUUCCGCUUCAAUAUUCGAUUUCGCUUUGUAUUUUUUUCAUAAUGCCAAAAAAACAAUUAAGAUCGGCAUCGGUCCUUAUUUUUAUCUGCCUAAAAUAGAAUCUUACUUAGAAUCAAGGCUCUGGAAUGAUAUAUUUUGUGCUGCGCAAGAUUUAAUAGGUAUUCCUCAAGGCACUAUUCGUGCUACAGUGAUAAUUGAAACUAUUCUUGCCGCUUUUGAAAUGGAUGAAAUUAUUUAUGAAUUACGAGAACAUUCUGCUGGUCUUAACUGUGGUCGAUGGGACUACAUUUUUUCUAUAAUCAAAAAAUUCCGCAAUAACCCUAAUUUCAUUCUACCAAAUCGUUCAGAUGUUACCAUGACCGUUCCUUUCAUGGAUGCUUACGUUAAUCUAUUAAUUAAAACCUGUCAUCAUAGAGGCGUAAAUGCAAUAGGUGGCACAGGUGCUCAAAUUCCUAUCAAAAAUGAUUCUGAAGCUAAUAAGAUUGCCUUAAAUAAAGUUCGUGUUGAUAAAUAUCGUGAAGUUAAAGCAGGUCUUGACGGUACCUGGGUUUCACAUCCAGCACUUGUUAAAAUUUCUUUCGAAAUUUUUAACGAACAUUUAAAAGCGAAAAAUCAAAUUUAUGCUAAACGUGAAAAUGUAAAUGUUACAGCAUUAGACUUGCUAAAUAUGAAUAUUCCUGGUUCAAUUACCGAAAGUGGAAUUCGUAAUAAUAUUUCGGUUGGAAUUACUUAUAUUGAAUCAUGGCUGCGUGGUGUAGGUUGUAUUUCAAUGAAUAAUCUUAUGGAAGCCACUGCAACUGCAGAAAUUGCACGAUCUCAAUUAUGGCAAUGGGCUAAACAUAAAGUUAGCUCUAUUGAAGGAAAAGUUAUUACAGGCGAAUACUUGCUUAAAUUACUUGAUGAAGAAGUUAUAAAGCUGGAAAAACAGUUAGGACCUCAGAAAUUUUAUGCAUCAAAAUAUAUUUUAUCAAAAAAAUACCUGGAAAGUCAAAUCACUGGCAAAGAUUACACAGAAUUUAUUACUACAUUAUUAUAUGAAGAAAUUACGAGUUACUAG